AUGACUAUCAUCCCUUACGUUUUUGGUUACGCAUUCCUUGCUUUGGCCGUCUCUUCACAAUCAGUUGGGGUCGGAAUACCAGCCGAAGGAGAGUCCCUCGCUCCUGGAAGCUCUGUUGUGGUCCAAGUUCAGAGACCGAACAGCCUCACUGGCUCCCAGGAGGUGGGCGUUGCCAUUGGGUUGGCAUCUUGCGCAUCAGCCCAGUGUCGCCCUCCUACGGAUGUCAUGGGAACUAUCUUAUAUGCUGGUCCGUUCAAACCAGAAUAUCACGAGUACACCGGACCACCGUAUCAGAAUUACACUGUGGUGAUACCAGAGAGUAUGGAGAAGGGGGAUGCACACCUCAACAUUGCACAUUUCUCUCUCGUUGGGGCAGGGCCAUUUCCCUUCUUUGAGACUUUGAAUAGAACAGUCAUCAUUGCUUGA